GUUGGUUUUUUGUACUACUGCUAUGGCGCGUUUAAUUUUAAUAUUGCUAUGCUUAACUUUGCUUAGCAGCAGUUUGGCGCUGCCCACAAUAUUAAAUGUUGUAGGCGGUGUUAUAGUGCCAGCAAUAACGCAUAGAGUGGUAUUGACUGCAUUUAAACUGGGCGGUCUAGCUUCGUCUGCUUCAGGAGCGUUGACAGCAGCGACUGCUGCAACGGCGUCUGCAGCAGCGUCUGGAGCAUCAGCUUCAAGACGUGCAACCGCAGAUCCUUACGCUGGUUACAGCGCAAGAUAUAGAAGACAAGCUGAGCAGGCAACGAAUUUAGCUGCUGACUUUGUGGACAAUUUGAACAGCUGGCUAAAUCAGGCAGCCACUAUGAUUGCGGGCAAUACGCUAGUAACUAAUUUGCUGUCAUUGCGCAAUAGAAUUAGGCGAGCACUAGAGCUGGAGACCUAUGCACAUGCAGCGCUUACCAAACGUUCAGUUGCAGAUAAUGAGCAUAGCAUGAUAUUGGUGCAGCCAUCAAAGCCUGUUAGACGCCGCGCUAUAGAGCAAGAUAUAAGCAAAUUGAAAUCGAAGAGUGAUGCUAUUGAUUAUAACAGGCCAGCAAGACAAUCUAACGAGCUGUCGCCAGCAACGUCACAGCCUCAAGGACCUCCCCCAGCAGAUACAACAGACAUACUGCCACCUAAAACUUUUGAGCCAAGCAGAGUGGAGCUAAAUGUACCCAACAUGGAAGUUGUUUCAUUUGUGUUUAAACAAUUAAUGGUAAUUGUGCGACAAUAUGCAAGUCCGCAGCUGAUUAGACAUGUGUUUCGUACUAUGCUGAAAGUCUGGAGCGCCACCAAUCCGCCUGUGCAGUUCUAAUCAUAUAAAUAAAAUAUAUAGCAAAUGUUUAUUUUAUAUUAUACAUGCAGCUUGCUA